AUGAUGACAGCAAACUCAACCACAAAUAUUUCAUACUGUUCUGCAAAUGCCACCAUUUGCAACGGCACUUCGUGUGUUAUACCUGAUGACAAUUUUAACCAAGUUUUGAAUGUCGUUUUAAGUACUGUCCUAACAAUCUUGUUGGCAUUGGUGAUGUUCUCCAUGGGCUGCAAUGUGGACAUAAAAAAAUUCUGGGGACACAUAAAAAGGCCAUGGGGCAUAUUUGUGGGCUUCCUCUGUCAGUUUGGAAUUAUGCCUUUGGCAGGCUUUGUGCUGUCACUUGCUUUUAAUGUGCUUCCUGCUCAAGCUGUUGCUGUGCUGAUCAUGGGAUGCUGUCCAGGUGGAACAUCUUCCAACAUUCUAGCAUAUUGGCUAGAUGGGGACAUGGACCUAAGUAUCAGUAUGACAACAUGUUCAACGUUGCUUGCACUGGGGAUGAUGCCACUUUGUCUCUUUAUCUAUACCAAAAUGUGGACAGACACUGAUUCCAUCGUAAUCCCCUAUGACAGUAUAGGUAUUUCACUGGUAGCCCUUGUAAUUCCUGUUUCAUUUGGAAUAUUUGUUAAUCACAAAUGGCCCCAGAAAGCUAAAAUUAUACUUAAGGCAGGUUCCAUUACUGGACUAGCUCUUAUACUGAUCAUUGCUGUGGUUGGAGGAAUAUUGUACAAGGGAUCCUGGACUAUCAGCCCUCAACUGUGGAUCGUUGGAACCAUAUUUCCAGCUGCUGGCUACUCUCUAGGUUUUCUUCUGGCUCGCAUCGCUGGUCAGUCUUGGCACAGAUGUCGUACGGUAGCUCUGGAAACAGGUAUGCAGAACACUCAACUGUGUACAACUAUAGUGCAGCUCUCCUUCACCCCUGAACAGCUUACACAGAUGUUUACUUUUCCACUCAUCUACAGUAUUUUCCAGAUAGUGUUUGCUUUAAUAUUUGUAGGAGUCUACUACUUGCACAAAAGAUUCUGUGGCAAACCAAAGAUAGACUUCACAGAAUCAACAAGUGAAAUUGAAUCGAUACCAGAAACAUAUGCCCAGAUGAAUGGAGGAUUUACAUCAAAUGAAAAAAGUACAAGAAACACGAACGACACUAUCAUCUCCUGA